GACCAGGCGGCCGCCGAGAGUCUGGUAUCCUGAGCUUCGUGAGUUGAGCGCUGGCUGCUCCGCGGUGGAGUCACCGCACCGCUCCCGUGAUCAUGGUGUUCUACUUCACCAGCAGCAGCGUUAAUUCAUCUGCCUACACUAUUUACAUGGGAAAAGAUAAAUAUGAAAAUGAAGAUCUGAUCAAGCAUGGCUGGCCUGAAGAUAUCUGGUUUCAUGUGGACAAACUCUCUUCGGCUCAUGUAUACCUUCGAUUACAUAAGGGAGAGAAUAUAGAGGACAUCCCAAAGGAAGUGCUGAUGGACUGUGCCCACCUUGUGAAGGCCAAUAGCAUUCAAGGCUGCAAGAUGAACAACGUUAAUGUGGUAUAUACGCCGUGGUCUAACCUGAAGAAAACAGCUGACAUGGAUGUGGGGCAGAUAGGCUUUCACAGGCAGAAGGAUGUAAAAAUUGUGACAGUGGAGAAGAAAGUAAAUGAGAUCCUGAACCGACUAGAAAAGACCAAAGUGGAGCGGUUCCCAGACCUAGCGGCAGAGAAAGAAUGCAGAGAUCGUGAAGAGAGGAAUGAGAAAAAAGCCCAAAUUCAGGAAAUGAAAAGGAGAGAAAAAGAAGAAAUGAAGAAGAAGAGGGAAAUGGAUGAACUUAGGAGCUAUUCAUCACUAAUGAAAGUUGAAAAUAUGUCUUCAAAUCAGGAUGGCAAUGAUUCAGAUGAAUUCAUGUAAAAGGAGAAAAGGACCUUUGAAAGAUGUGAAUGUAGAGACAAUUGCAGACCUUUUGGUUUCAUCUGUGUUCUGAAGUCUAAAAUACAACCAAAAUUCUACCUUCAUCCUACCCAGAAAUUAUUGAUUUUUGAGUUUUAAAAUUUGUACCUUUUUUGCUGACAGAAAAGGAUCAGAUAUGUAUAAAAUAGUUGAACUUGACAGCAUAUAACCUAACGUGAAAAUGUUUUUGCCAGAACAUGUCUUGGUACCUUGUGAAAGCAGGCUGCCCUUGUUCUUGAGAUAGACUUUAAAAUGAAACAACUCUGAAAAGUACUUCUAUUGCUCUGGUCUGUCCCUGAAAACAGAUGUCUUGAAACACUUUUCAUAUUCUUAAAAUAAUCUUCACUUCUGUUAAGAAGAACAUGUUGGUGGGUAAUUAUGCGAAUGUUUCCCUGUCCCUGAUUUCCCAAUUAGAAAAAAGGGCGUAUGGGUUUUGAAAAAGAGAUUUUUCAGAAGAUUGUAAGCUUCAGUAUUCACGUUCCAUCAUGUCAUCUGGGUCUGUAGUGUAGUGACCCUCAACAGUCUGUCCCAGCUUUUAUAUCCUUGCUUCCUCUGAGCAGGGGCCUCCAUCUUAGUAUCAUCAUAUUUAAAGAAAUUGAUGAUGUUCAUCAAGGUGGGGCCUGUGGCAGUUGUUGCCUGAACACCAAGUAACCUAUGCGACAACUUCUGGGCCCAGGAGUAAUCUCUCAGCAUUGAGGGUAAAAUAGGAUGGAGUGCUCUGUUGAUCAUUUGGGAGAUGUAGGUUACCUGAUUUGUGCCUUGGGAUGCAGCGUGAAGCAGAAGUCCAUAUUGCAAUUUUGAUUUUAGAAGGAGCUAAGUGUUUCACUAGCCAGCCAAGUAAUUAUUUUCUUUACCUUGAAGUCAUAUUUGAGUUGUAACCCCAGAGUUAAUUUCUCAUUGUAGCUUCAGUAACUUAGUAUGUAACGUUACUUCUCACGUGAACCACUCACUAUCUGUUGUGAUUCUGAGCAGAAGAUGUCUUUUGAUUGCAGUAUGUAAGGCAACCCCUGUAGAAGGAGACAAAACAAGGAGAAAGAGAACAAAGCCUGCCGGACCAGAGGCAAAGAGAUGGAUAUUUUACUCACACCCACAGCAGCAAGAAUGACCUUCUGCAGCAGAUAUUCCACCUGUAAUAGCACUUUGGAACUGUGGGCAAAACCAAAAGGCUAGUGUUUCCAUUUAUUUCACAUUGGUGAAUGGGGUUGAACUGGAAAAUUCACUGAGGCGUAACUCACUGGCCAAAUUUUGAGAGGGGAUAGAAGAUGACUUUAGAGAUGAGUGGUUUUGUUUAUGUGUCUAAUGAUAUUCAGUCUGAUGUUCUGCAAUUUAAAAGUUAUAAUAAAGUAUCUUUUUUUUUUUAUCUGGAAGGACAUUGAUAUAUAUAUUCUUAGAAUUUGCUAUAAAUAGGGUAGCCCCCAUUCCACAAGCUGAUUUUGAGGGUGAUCGUACUGUAAAAAACCUCAUUCAUCAUAGGCUUAGUCUGACAGAUUCUGUAGGGGGCUAUCAUCUUUCUCCUCUGCUAAAUGCCUCUUUCUUCCAGCUGCUCACUGGGUCAAAGGGAUGUCCUUUCUCAGAUACACUCUUGAUUGACUGUGAAUUCAUAGCUGUGCUCCUUCCGUACUUCCAAGGAGUCCGGCUUCUCCAGAAUUCCUCUGUACCUCACACUGCAACACGUGUAGAUAGCGCCUUUGAAGAAUACCUAUAUUUUUACUAUAGUAUGAGAAGUCCUGGGGCUCACAUUUUAAACACUUCCUAACUCUCAGCUUACACUGGUUUAAAAUGUCCAGGUCUCUCUGCUGAAUUCUCUUGUUGAAUUUGUAACUGUCCAACCUCAUCUGUGUUGAUUCCUACGCCCCCACUCCCCAGCCUCUGUGUUUUAUUUUUUUCCCCAUCUCUGUUGGUCCCAGGGAAAGCAAGGAUAUUUUCUUUUGAGGACUUACAGGUUGAUCGCCCACAGGUCAAACUGUUGGCAUCGAACUGCUCUCAUUUCUUGCUAUUGGAUUGUUUCCUAAACGUUGGAUAGGGGAAUUGAAAUUGUUGCUAUUUUUAUGAGCUGUGCCCUUGAUCAAAUCUGUGCUGUGGGUCUGAGUCACUUUGCCAACACUGUCUUCAGUUUCACCACACUGAUCAGCAUGCAGGCGAGGGGCAUGUUUAGUUUACUUCCCUAACUGCUAUAUUCUAUAGCUUUGGACUUCAUAUUUCUUAUCCACUUUUAUCUAGGCUUUAUGGGCAGGGGAACUUUGUCACCGUGGUUGGGCUAGAACAAAUCUUAAGAAGUUUACCAACACAGAUGUUGAGAAGUUUAUCGAAAAGCACUGACAUUAGCAGAAUAGGUGAUGGACAUUAGUUGAAUCGCUUCAGUGUCUAUGUGUUUUGUUGUAUUGUCUUUAACUUGUUCUUGAAGCAUAGAUUUCAGCGAGCCUUUCAGCUGUUCAGUGCCAGCGGUUUUCCUCACUCAGAAAAGAUGGUGUGAGCCAUACACACAGCCGGCAGGAUUAGACGGGGAGAGUUUCAGCUGCAGCUUCUAGUUUAAGACCAAAGCAGUUUCCUCCUACUGUUGCAUCUGUCUGAGAGGGGAAGUUCUUGUUUUCCAAGCUGGAACUGUUUAUGAGGAAAACAGCAGGGUGGCAAAAUGGAAAAGGAACAAUUUUCUAAUUUUUCCUGACACGUGAUAUUGAGGCCUGCUUUUUCUUUGAUUUGAGGUACAGCAUGUGAAUAACAAAUUUCCAUAUUGAAAAUGAUCAUAUUAGAGUGCCUGGAUGACCUUUUGAUUUUAAAGCAGACUAAAACCUAAUCAGACUACAAUGAAAAGUAUACAAUUAGAAACUUAAAUUCCAAGCUAAAUUUCAGCUUUGACCCACCUAACUCCAGUGAAUAGGUGGCAGCUCAGAAACAAGGACAGCCCUGCUGCUGCCCGGGCAAGCUCACAUCCAGCUGGCACUUCGUGAGAGCUCCUUCCUGCCAGGCACGUGUGAGUUCAGCGUGGGCAAGAGACUUUUAUGCACAUUCUGUCAUUCAAAAGGGAGACGAUACCAACCCCAGACGCAGCAUGUCCUGAAUGAAUGAUCUGUAAAAUACAAUAAUAAAAGCUUAGAGUUUGAGUAGAA